GGUGCCAUCUAAUGAGGACAGUGGGCUCAGUAGCUCUUCCCAAGGAUCCAUAGAAAAUUUCAAUUUUCUUGUACAUGGAGCUGACGAGAGAGAGUCUUUGCCUGAGAAAGCAAAAAACCUGUGCGAAUUGAGCGACUAUGUGAGCAGCGCCGAUGUAAUGCGUUCACAGCAAAAGCUCUUGAUAUCCGAAACGCCACCAGCAACUUUCAAAGAGGUGGUACUUGAAAGCAACCAAAGUAACUCCGUUGCAACUUCUUCUAAAACUGCAAUAAAUUCCGAGGCGAAAUCAUCUGACAGCAACAUAGCUCCUCAAGCCAGCCUUAACAACGUCGAAGGAACUCUCACGGAAGAGCCUACGACACCCGCAACAACUAACCAGAAUCCACAAAUGGCGCGCAUACAACGUGAUCUCAAUAGCCCUUCUGCCACAGUACGCGUGCGAGCAAUGAGGGCUUUAAAAAAUCCCAAUAACGCUGCUUAUACCAACUUUGACGUACCACAUGAAGAACAAGAUAUUAUCAGUGUAGAGGAACGCCAACCACCUCCACCACCUUCGAUCGAGGAGCUAAUGCGUGACAUUGUGGUUUAUGUAGAAGUACGUACCGGCGAAGAUAAUCGGUCUGAAGGUGUAAAAAAAGUAAUUUCCCAAUUAGGCGCACGCGUAAAUCACAAACUUCUUAGAGGUACAACACAUGUGAUAUUUAAAGAUGGUCUGUUAUCCACAUACAAAAAAGCUAAAAACUGGAAUAUACCUGUCGUUUCGAUUUUAUGGGUUGAAGCCUGCAAAAAUAA